AUGCCAGAUUCACUUCUGAGGCUCGUUUUCGGAGUAAAUUUCAACCAGCCAGUUGAUAACGUGAGAUUGCCGGCCUCAUUGCAAGAGGUUUUAUUUGGAUCGUGCGUCGGUUCAGACGGCGAUCGGAUGAUGAUGUGGUCGGCCUUCAACCAGCGCAUCGGCAGCAGCGUUUAGCCUGCAUCGCUGCGGGGACUCACACUAGGCGGCGGAACGUUCAGGAAGUCGCUGCAAGGGCUGGGAAGUUGGAUGCCCAACCUUGAAGCGCUUGGCCUUCUUGACUGGAAGUACACGGAGGACUUGGAGGCUAAUUCACAAAACGAUAGCCUUCUCCGCGGAAUCGAAUGGCCAAUUGGCCUUCGCCAGCUGACCGUGUUAAAGCAUUCGAGCUUAUGGGGUCGUAAUUCCUUCAGCUGUAAAGGUCUAUCGUCCACAACCGGUGAAUUGAUUGUGCUGACAGGAGCAAGCGUCGUCCCAGGCAAGGCAGAUCUAAGAAGGUGAUUUUGAGCGAAACUGUGGUAAGGAAGUUCUUGGGAAAGUUGGAGUGGUACGUUGGCCACUACUUGAAGUACACCAUAUGUUGGUGACAUCACGGCUCCUUGUCGCGGUGGUUGGUGACACGAAAACGACUUUCUGUUCGGUGUAAGUUGCAGGUAUGCGGAUAGUGGUUUCUGCCGGGCGAGUUACGUCGAUUGUUUGGCACCUGCCGGUUGUCAAUGCAGUAUCGGAUGUUAAUCAUACGACCGAGACGUACUCAAACUUGGUAGAAUAUCAGCUUCGGUAUCUGGCGUACACGUCAACGUUAGCACUGCAGAUGAACCAGUGUUUGCGUCUUGAUCAGGAAUAUAUCAGAAAUUACCGGGAAAUUAUACUAGGGCAUAAUGGGCCCCUCCGCACCCAGUGGGCGGCGGGGCCCGAUUCGCAAGGCGAGAAAGGUGGGCCAUUGUGUAAGGAGAUAGACCAACAGUUUUCUGGAGGAGCAUACGACCGUUUGUAAGUGUGUGUUAGUGUUGGGUGUUUGCUAGUGUCUGGUUUGGGGGACGCACAAGCAAUGUGGAAGAUUUCUGAAUACGCAGGCUAGCCUUGACUCGUCGUCGUCGGGACGCGACGCAAGUCUCGGUUAUUCACAAUACACCAACCGGUCGCCCCGGUGGUCUAGUUGGUAACCUCGAAACCUUCUAGAGGCCAGGUCAGGGGUUCGAAUCCCGGCGUAAGCGAGCUUUUCUUGCAAAGUGAGUUUUUCUCUCGCUUCCGUUCCUGGCCUAGUGGAUGGCGCUAGUUCGUGUUUACACAGAGGGAAGAGAGUGCUGAACUCUUCUCGCAUUAAAAAUCGAAGGCAAAGUACCUCAGGAGGGGAGGGUAGAGAGGGGCUCUUCUGUGAGACUACGGGUUGGAGUAAACGGCACUAGUAGUGCUGUGAGCGCUGAUUUG